AUGCCUUCCACCCCCGCCACGGCUUCCUCCGCCCGCUCGGGGAGUUUCCGCAACAGAUCACGAACGAACAGCAAAACCAAAUCAAAUACAACCUAUAUGCCUGUCCACGAAGCGAUCCCCGAGGAGGAAGGGGAUGCGUCCUCGAGUCGGUUCUCUGCGCCGCCGCCGCCGUAUCGCGAUGAUGACGAAGCGGAUGAUACGGCGAGUUUACUAGCAUCGUCCGAGUCGGAUGAUAAUGUGGAUUAUGAGGAGGGUGUGAAAUUGCGCAAGCGCAGUGUCUCAGGGCCGAAGGCCAAGGCGAAGGCGAAGGCGAAAGCGCCCGCUCCCUCCCACGCCGCCGCAUAUGUCCCCGUCGUACGCAAUUCCGGCGACAUCGAGAGUUAUCUGGAUAGUAUCACCGAGGCGGAACAGGAGUUGUUAUCGGCGUCGCGGUACGACUACGAAGAUGGUGAAGGGUAUGAUUAUGAGAUGGGGAUUGCGGAUUCGGACUCUGAUGGCGAUGGGUACGGGACGACGAUGAAGCGGAAGAAGGCGAUGCGGAAGAUGAGUAUGGUGGAUGGGGGGCCGCCGAAGGGUUGGAAGGCGUUUUGGUACUCGAAGACUUGGUGUCGGGCGCUGGUCGUCGUCGUGGUUUGUCUUGUGUUGUUGAUUAUGGGGUUUGUGACUUUUGCGAGGUAUAGGAAGGUUGCGCCGCCGUAUUAUCCUGUUGUUCCUGCCGAUCAUUGGUAUCCCACGCCUCGAGGAGGAACGGUCAAGUCUUGGGAGGAUAGUUAUAACAAGGCGCAGGAUCUGGUGCGGAACAUGACUUUGAUUGAAAAGGUCAAUGUCACGACUGGUACUGGGUGGCAGAUGGGUCUUUGCGUGGGCAAUACUGGCACCGCCGAAGAAGUCGGAUUCCCCUCCCUCUGCCUGCAAGACGGUCCUAUGGGACUACGAUACGCAGACCACGUUAGCGCUUUCCCUCCCGGCCUCACAACUGGCGCCACCUGGAAUCGAACGCUUAUCCGCAACCGAGGGAUCGCAUUGGGUCUCGAAGCUCGUCGCAAGGGUGUCAACGUCUUAAUAGGGCCGUCCAUGGGCCCAAUGGGCAUGAUGCCCGCUGGUGGUCGCAACUGGGAGGGUUUCGGCUCGGAUCCUGUGUUGCAGGGUGUGGCCGCUGCAGAGACCAUUCGCGGAAUCCAGAGCAACGGCGUUAUGGCUACGGCUAAACACUACGUGAUGAAUGAGCAGGAACAUUUCCGUCAGCCGUUCGAAUGGGGUAUCUCGACGGCGUUGUCCUCGAACAUCGCUGAUCGCGCUCUGCACGAGGUUUUUGUGUGGCCGUUUGCUGAAAGUAUUCGUGCGGAUGUUGCCAGUGUCAUGUGUGCGUACCAGAUGGUGAACAAUAGCCACGCCUGUGAGAACAGUAAGUUGCUCAACGGCGUUCUCAAGGACGAACUAGGUUUCCAGGGCUUCGUGCAAUCGGACUGGCUUGCCCAACGCUCUGGUGUCAACAGUGCCAUUAGCGGCUUGGACAUGAGCAUGCCCGGCGAUGGUCUGCACUGGGCAAACGGCAAAUCCCUCUGGGGCAGCGAGCUCACCCGUGCGGUCCUCAACACCUCCAUUCCAAUUGAGCGAUUGAACGACAUGGUGACCCGCAUUGUCGCCGCUUGGUAUCAUUUCGGACAGGAUGACUGGGAACGACCCCCGCCGGACGGUGAGGGCGGCCCGAACUUCUCCUCCUGGACUGAUGAUGAGGUUAGCUACGUGCACUGGGGGAGUAACGACAAUGAAUAUCGGAUUGUGAACCGCUAUAUCGACGCUGGUGUCGGACAUGGCCAGGUGGCGCGUGAGGUCGCUGCUGAAGGAACCGUGCUGGUCAAGAAUGAGGAGGACACGCUGCCACUGUCGCGUACGCCGGAUGGUCCGUACCGAGUUGGAAUUUAUGGCGAUGAUGCUGGGCCGGCCGAGGGUCCGAAUGCUUGUCCUGAUCGCGGCUGUAAUCAAGGAACGCUGGCAUCCGGCUGGGGUAGUGGCACGGUUGAGUUCCCGUACCUCGUCACACCGCUUGAGGCGUUGGAGGCUGCGUGGCAGGACUCAGAGAAUGUCGAGACGACCGCGUACCUGCGGAACGGGGUUAUGCCCGAGGAUGCAGCGGAUAAGGAUCUGUGUCUGGUGUUUGCAAAUGCGGACAGCGGUGAGGGAUAUAUUUCAGCCGGUGGUAUCCACGGUGAUAGGAACGAUCUCUACCUGCAGAAGGGCGGAGACUCGUUGAUCAAGACGGUUGCGUCGCACUGUGGCGAGGGUCAAGGCCGGACUGUUGUCGUGAUUCACUCUGUUGGACCGGUUGUUGUUGAGCCGUGGAUUGAUUUGCCUGGCGUGCACGCUGUGCUGUUUGCCAACCUGCCAGGUGAGGAGAGUGGGAAUGCGCUGGUAGAUGUCCUGUUCGGCGACGUCGAUGCCAGUGGUCGUUUGCCGUACACAGUAGGCAAGAGUCUGGAGGACUAUGGUGAAGGAGCACAGGUUCUGUACGAACCCAACGCGCCAGUGCCGCAGGUCAACUUUACAGACGGACUAUACAUUGACUACCGCUACUUUGACAAGCAUAACAUCACCCCGCGGUAUGAGUUUGGCUUCGGCCUAUCAUACUCGACAUUCACAAUCUCGAACGCGCAUGUCAACUCCCUCCAGUGGAAGUCCCGCUUCCCAGCCGCACGCCCAGAAAACGAAAUCGAACCCCCAGACUACGACACAGACCUCCCAGACAGCGCAUCCGCCCUCUUCCCCGCUGACUUCUCCAAAAUCUGGAAAUAUAUCUACCCCUACCUCGACACCCUCGACGGCACCGAACCUGCCAACUACACCUACCCGAAAGGCUACAACCUCUCCGACCCCUCCCCACCCUCCGCUGCCGGCGGCGGUCUCGGUGGAAACCCCUCGCUCUACGAUGAAAUGGUCAAGAUCAAUGUCGAAGUCGCCAACACCGGCCGUCGCAGGGGUCAGGAAGUCGUACAAGUCUACGUUUCUUUCCCAUCCGGCGUCGUGGAAGAAGUCCCCCAACCUGCUUCGACUACGAUCGAGCCUACUCCCAGAACGACGUCAACAAACCCCAGCACGCCCACUCCGGCGGUACUCCAAGAGGUCGAGUUUCCGGACCGCGUUCUGCGAAACUUCACUAAGAUCGAGCUUGACCCCGGUCAGCGCGAGGCCGUGGAGAUGACGCUUAGUCGUAAGGAUUUGAGUUACUGGAGCGUUAGGUGGCAGAAUUGGAUCAUGCCUGAGGAAGGGAAGUUUGGGAUUUGGGUGGGGAGGAGCUCGAGGGAUUUGGAGCUGGUGGGGGAGUAUUAG